AUGAAUAACGAGCGGGGGGCCGUUCGCACGGAUGACCCGCUUGAGCCGCCAGGCGAAAGUAUCUGGAUAGAUGUCCGUCCUUUGGCGGCGGCAUUGAACGCGCUGUCGGACACCAAACGGAAGAUGGCGAGUUGCUGCACGGCACUAUCCCCGCCCUCCGCCGGCGCACCGACUGCAGCACCCGAGCGUCACCCCGAGCUCUACUUCGACGACGAGCCGGGAGCCGUCGUCUUCCUCGUCGAGCAAACGCUCUUCAGGGUGCACCGCUACUUCCUCAAGCGGCACUCGCCCGUCUUCGCCGGCAUGUUCGCCUCUCCCGCCCCACCCGUGCCUGGCGCGGACGUCGACGACGAGCAGCGCCCGCCAGGGGCGCACGGUUCGCCCGAGGGCGCGUCGGACGCGCGGCCCAUCGUGCUCCCCAGACGCGCGCCGUCGACUUCGCGCGGCUCCUGUCCGUGUUCUACCCGAGGCACGUUCGACGAAUGGGCGUCCGUGCUCCUUCUCGCCGACAAGUACGUCUUUGAGGAAGUGAAGCAGCUCGCUAUCGCGCGGUUGGCCGCCUUGGAUCGCCUGUUGACCGCCUGGCCGUCGCGCGGAGGCAUGACCUCCGUGAUUGGCUUCCUCGAGAGAUCACAGAGCUCUGCAUGCGAGAAGAGGCUUUGA